CAUAGGCUUUUGACAUUUGACAUUUCAAAAGGUCUGCUUUGUUUGGUCUGGGUCUGACGAUUUUUGUUUGUAUAUUUGAAAAUAAGAAUAUUAAUUGUAAAAAUGCGUUGAAACCAGUAAACCAAAAUGAAAACGCGUGUGUUUAUUUAUUUUUUUGUGUUUCUGUGGAUUUGAUCCUUUAGUUUUAAACCUUUCGUGUUUGCGAGUGCGACUAUUUUGUGUUAAUAUCUAGUUAAUGCUGAUGAUGAAGCCUGGAAAAAGCGUAGAUGUGAGGGAGGAGGUAGCCCAAGUCCACACAGCGGCGCGGUCGCCGUCUCCAAAGCACAAAGCAAAGGCUCGGUCCAGGUCAAGAUCUGGUUCUCGGAAACUCUCAAACGGGCACACAGACGGCAUGGAUGCAAUUGAAAUGGUACCGACAGCCGAAGAAAAUCCUACAGAUAAGGCCAAAGCCCGCGACAGCUGGAUAAAAUCCGAACACGAAUCAUUAGACGUAGAACUUCCCAUACACGACCAAAUUAAGCAAGGUAUAUUGGGUUUUGUUGAGAAAGAAAUUAAGAAAAGUGACAAGAAUCCUUCGUUUGUUUUUUAUUCUCACGACCCUAAUGGUUUGGAUGAGAAGUUUAUGAAGACGCUGUCGAGGCCCUCCAGUGGACAUAAGGAAAAGAGGAGUCCCUCCUACAGGAAGAAGAAGAGACAUUCAUCUAGGCACUGUGACAGAGAUUUACAUGACUUUGAGAUUCCUGGAUCAAGUCUUAGUGCACUUGAGAAGGUUGAUGACUAUUUGAAAGAGUACAAUAAAGAUGAAGUGGUAACUCUAAGCGGGGAGUUAGAAAUAGAGGCAAAUGAUGUAGAGAACAACAACGGCACAAGUAAGGAGCUCCGACACAAGCCGAGGAAGACUCGCAGGAAAGCCAGACAGGAGCGGCAAGAUACCAACGCCAAUGGCAGAGAUGUCAGCCCUAAAGUAUUUAAAACAGGCGCUAAGAGCAAGACGGGGAGUAAACCUGUGCGGCCGACAGAUUUGACGACAAUGUUGGAAAGCCUAGAAUCCAACAUGCCAUACCACGACCAGUACAUCGACAACCCGUUCUCAUCUCCAUCACCUCUGACAUCGCCCAAUGAUGAGCGGCUUGGUCCAUUUGGGUCUCACAGACCAGAGAAAAUAUAUCUGCAAGGAGGAGGGACUUUCAGGGCUGUCUCGAGGGAUAGGAUUCUGGAGUCCCAACAAUCUAGAGAAGGGGACAAAUAUUUGAGAAUGGGAGACUUAACCCCUCUGGAUGUAGCCCUAUGUGCCCAAAGAGCUUGGAGGACAGCAGCAGGAGCCUGUCACGGGGUUCUUGGGGGGUUAUCCCUACUGCAUCUGCUGUUGAUCAGCUGUUCUGACAACCUGGAUGCCAACCAUCUCUCCUUCCACUCUGUGGUCACUAUGCCGUACGUCGCGACCUAUUAUUUCUUCUGCGUUUUGUGUCUACUCUCUGUUCUUGAUAGGCUGGACAUCCCCAGCGUGGAGCCGAGCCGCGGGCUGCAGACGUACUUCCAGCCGCUGGUGCUGGCGGCGCUGUACGCGGCGUGCCUGCUGCUGUGCGCGUCCGCCCGCAUGUACGACGAGAUGAUGGUCUACCAGUACCGCCCGGCCGUCGCCAACCUCACCGCCAACUCUACUACUGCGUCAAUACCAGAGUUCUACCACACUUGGACCCACUUUUCAAUAUGGCGGGCGGUGCUAUCCAUCCUGGGCCUUGUCUACUUCAUCAUAACGAAUCCUCAAGACCUGGUCUAUGCCAACAUGAGCAAAUUACUGCAAUUCAAACACUCUCUGCAGAGCAUUGGAUGAUCUCGCUCCCGCUGUCUAUGGUUUGUUAGCUUGUUGCCAUUUACGAAAGUGUUUUAUUUCUUUUUAGUUUGAGUUUUUUAAGAUCUUGUCAAAGUAUAUAUUAUAAAUAACUAUACUAGGUAUUGUUAUUGACAAAGAUUGUUUAUUUAGGGUUGGUAAAUCACGAGCACAUUUAAAAGUAACAACAGCCAAAAAACAGCUAAAAAUGGUGGAUGACAGAAUUUGUUUUGUAGAAAAGAAACAUCGCGUGAAACAGGCGUGAGCUCGUCGUCACAGCGCAUGCGCGUAGACAAAAAUUAGAAUUAUACCGACUUCGGAAUUGAUUUUAGUCUGUAUGAUGCGUUAUAUUGGUACACUAUUAUUUUAUAAUUAAUAAUAAAAAAAAACAUUAUGUGUGCUGGUGGGCAAGAAUUAGAUUUUUACCCAGUCAUUCGAAAAAAGUUACCAAGCUAAAUUAUGUUUUGUCUCUAUCCGUCAAUAUAAAAUAUUUUAAGUGCGACAGUGACAAAACAUACCUACUAAUAGCGUAAAGCAUUCUUUAAAUUUUUCAAUGAAUACCGAGGUUAGACGUAUAAAAGACAAAGUAUUUUUAAGUAUUGCUAUAUUUGUGGGUUAUUCGUUGUCAGUAUUAAAAACAUGUCAUUUAUUUGAUCUCAUCCUAGUCUCGCAUAUUUUAAGAUAAAAAAUAAGGUUGAUUUUUAGUUAUUAACGUAACGUAACGUCUUACUUUUGCGAUAUUUAAGCAUAGAAAAAAAUUGUAUUUUUGUUGAUUAGAUAUGUACGAUUUAUUUAGCGAAAUGAUUUUUCAGCUCGUUGAUCAUCGUGAUCGCAAUUGACAUGACGACCUCGGUGGCGCAGUGGUAAAGUGCUUGCCUCUGAACCGAGAGGUCCCGGGUUCGAUCCCCGGUCGGGUCAUGAUGGAAAAUGAUCUUUUUCUGAUUGGCCCGGGUCUUGGAUGAUUAUCUAUAUAUAUGUAUUUGUUAUAAAAUAUAGUAUCAUUGAGUUAGUAUCCCAGUACACAUGUCUCGAACUUACUUUGGGGCUAGCUCAGUCUGUGUGAUUUGUCCUAAUAUAUUUAUUUAUUUAUAAUUACUUAUUCGCAUGAUAUCAAAUAAUUAUAUCAUAUAUGUUUACUUAGAGGUAAAACCACUUGACAUAUCUCUGUAUAAUUUAUUUCUUUCUUCUAGUCAUAGUUUGAAUUUUAUAUAAGACUUUAACGGCAGCUAUUUGAUUGUAAAUAAAUAAUAAGUAUAUAAAUGUUAAAUGUGUUAUAUACUAGCUAAUAAUAAUAUUGAUCAAUUUAUUAUAUUAAUCGAACCAUCAGGAAAAAAAAAAGUUAAUGUUGUCCGAUCAGUCGGACAAAGGAAGUCGGACCACGUGAGUCGAGUCGAGUCGAGAAGACCAUGGCUCAUUUUCUCACAUCCUUCAUGUGAGAAAAUGUGCCAUGCUUUUCUUUAAAGACACGGAGUUUUUCAAAAAAGGUAUGAAAAUAUUCAUUCAUUGUUGGAAACGCUGUGAUACCCCUCCCAUGGUGUUGCUGGUGUCGAUGGCUGCGGUGCCCGAUUAUUAUCAUGCAUGCCUGUUUGCUAAUUCAGUAGUAUAACAAAAAAAUAAUAAUAUUAUAAAAGCAUUUUUAAUGAGAGUCGCAUUAGUCCUAUUACAGUCUGUCAAGUGAAGAAAUUAAAUAUGAGGACACAGUCUUCGGCUGGCAACACUGGGUGUUUAUCAACCGAUCUUGACUUGCCAUGAUUGGUAUUGCCAUGGUAAAAAAAUGUAGUUCGUAAAAAAAUAGUUCUUUGCACGUUCAUGACAGACUAACUAAUUGACACAUUUUAAAGAUAUUAUUACAUGAAGAAAUAGUUUUUCCAAAUUAAAUAAUUGCCAAAGUAUCAAUAUAGCAAGAAACAAUAAUAUUUUUUGAUAACAAUGUAUAUCAGGAUUUUUUACAGUUAUUUUUUGCUAAACUAAGCAUUUGCUGAAGGAAAAUAGUAGAAAAUAAUAAUAUUUAAAUAACAAAGCGCUUUUGAGGUCCGUAUGAAGCGGGGGGAUAUUUAUAGUUUUGCUAUAUCCAUAAUCCACUUAACUCUAAAAGCUUAAACGAUAUUCAUGAAUUUUAUUUAUUAUCAUGGGACCAUUGCAUAAAAUAUCCUCGUAAAUGCAUAAGGAUAUCAUGCAUUUAUUAUGCACUUAUAUAUCACAACGUGUCGUGGACUUUCAGAUAAAAAAAAUGAAUGUAAAACUCAGUGAGUAAUUUAUUUCGAUGAUAGUAUUCAAUAUGUAGUAUUUAUUUAAGGACAAAUCAUAAUGUUGAAAACUAUAUAUAUAAACUAUGUUACAUACGUAUGUACUCAAUAUUAUCACUGAUUAUGAAAAUUUCCUUAGAUUUAACAUGACUGUUGGUUGUUUUUCAGAGAAAAUAUAUAUUUAUUAUGUUGCAAUGUCUGUGGUGUUGGGUAAAUGUGAGUUUUAAAAGUAUUUAACGUUUGUUCUAAAACCCAUCCAUAAUUUAUCGAUAUCUACCAUUUUACCAUCACAAUGUGCAAAUUUAUUUUGUGGCGUGUGGUUCCGCCGUAGAAUAGGACCACUACAUAUCCUCCCUUAGAAGUCGUACGAGGCGACUAAGGGACCUAGACAGCUGAUACACAAAAACAGCUCCCAGGAGUGAGACGUCAGUCUUGCGGCCGCUUGUAAAAUCUUCAAAAUUUUAAGGUUAUUUUUUUAAAACUGACUCCAAGCUUGUCCAAGCAGCUUGUCACGUGGGUAUGAGAAAGAGAAUAAGUAUGGGAAAUUAUUACAUUAUGUAUCUUAUUUAUUAUUGCAAUAAGGUUGGUUUUCGAUUGAUUAAUCAAAGAAAAAAUAGCCGAAUGGGUUUACUGCUUUGUAUUCACAUUUUCCCAACAAUGUCUUUAUUCAAAUCUCACUCAGACCAUAGACUAGACUUGAUAAAAUAAAGGUAUAAAAUAAAAGUAAUACAUCAGUAUUACUUUUAUUUUAUACUAGCUUACUUAAAAUAUUCAGGAAAAGUCAUCCCAUGGUCUAAGUUCGGGUGGGAUAAGUUGAUUAAAGAGCCACCAGCGCUUGUAUAUACUUGGUGUGAGGUCCAGCUUAAGUAUUUAUUUAAUAAAAUGACUGUAUAUAAAUGGUUGAAAUAUGCAAAAUAAACGUCACUUGUGAUAA